AUGUGGUAUGAUAAAUGGAAUGAUAUUGGACCUUUGAGUAAUCACAUUUCUCUUAGAGUAAUUACGAGAUCAGGUUUCUCGUUGGUUGAUAGUGUAGCUGACCUGAUUGAUGAGAGUACAUGGAGAUGGCCUACUGCAUGGUUAGACUUGUUUCCGGUUCUUAUACACUACAAGGUACCUAAUAUUAACCCCAUGCAGAAUAAUGUGGUUGUAUGGUGUACUAGUGAUGGGACGGAAGCAGAAUUUUUGGCUUCUUCUGUUUGGGAUUCUAUUCGUAGUAAAGGUGGAGAGGUUGACUGGGUGAACAUUGUGUGGUUCUCCAAGUGUCCUGAUUCACAUGAUCACCUAUUCUUUGAAUGCCCCUUUUCUGCACUAGUCUGGUCAUUAGUACAAAAUAUGGCGGAGCUGCAUGGUGUGCCUAAUAAGCUGACUGAAAAUGUGUACAGGCUUUAUCCAAUCUCCAAAGGGAAUAGCACGAAAAGUAUUAUUGGAAGACUCGUCUUUGCUGCUACAAGUUAUUAUGUUUGGCAAGAACGUAAUGCACGUAUGUUUGGUAAUGUUACGAGACCUCCUGAGAUACUCAAGAACAUUAUCCUAGAUUCGGUAAGACUCAAACUUGCAUCUUUGAAGUUCAAGGGUAGUGACAAUACAAGAAGACUGAUUGAGAAGUGGAAGCUGCCACAAUGCCUUAUGCUAGAGAGUUAG